UUCCUUUCCCACCUACGCUUAUAUGAAGCUUUAUUUAUUGUCAUCGAGCAAGAAAGUACCGAAUUCGAAUUCAUCUGAAAUCAUCGACCAAGCUUUAUCGCGGGUUCUUAGCUGAGGGUAAAAUGCGGAGUGGAUUGGCUCGAGAUUCGGAUUCCUUCCUCACUGGAUCUUAGAUAUUUGGAUUGAUCCAUCGAUGUAAUUCACCCACCGACCAGAAGGUUUGAGACUUUGAGGUUGAGAGACCUGAAGCAACUCUGUCAUGGGAGUUUCUGGGAAGUGGUUUAGGGCACUGAUUGGUCUAAAAAGACCUGAGAAAUCAUAUGCCACUGGGUUGAAUGAAAAUAAAAGUGGAAGCAGUAGAAAGUCUAGACAUGGGAGAAAGCAUUCUGUUGAGAUUGAUAGGGACCUACCUCAGAAUGAGUUCAGUCAUAUUGAUGAUGCUUCUAUAUCCAUUGAAGAUGCUAGCAUUUCAGUUCCUGAUGGUAUUGGCUCGCCUUCUUGCUCAUAUCAAGUGCAGGAUGCAGCUCAAAGUCAACUGAGUAUGAGAGAAGAAUGGGCUGCAAUACGUAUUCAAACUGCUUUUCGAGGAUUUCUGGCUAGGCGUGCUCUGCGGGCUUUAAAAGGAUUAGUGAGACUUCAAGCACUUGUGAGGGGUCAUGCCAUAAGAAAACAAGCUGCUACUACCCUUCGAUGUAUGCAAGCUCUUGUAAGAGUUCAAGCUCGUAUCCGAGCAAGGCGCGUUCGUAUUGCACUGGAGAGUCAAACAUCACAUCACAUACUUCAGCAGAAGCUAGAACAUGAAGCCCAUGUACGGGAAAUAGAAGAAGGGUGGUGUGACAGCAUUGGGUCUGUUGAAGAAAUUCAAACCAAACUCUUAAAGAGACAAGAGGCAGCAGCUAAGCGUGAGAGAGCAAUGGCAUAUGCCUUGGCUAACCAGUGGCAGGCAGGAUCUAAGAAGCAUGUCACUUCAGGCGGCUUUGAACCGGAUGAGAAUAGCUGGGGCUGGAACUGGUUGGAGAGAUGGAUGGCCGUACGUCCAUGGGAAAAUCGCUUUUUAGACAUGAAUAUCACAGAUGGAGUUAAGAUUCAUGAUGAUAAUGGCUCCGGUUAUAUGAAGAAUGGAAGCAACAAACAGAUGAAAUCCUCCAUGAGCAAGAAACAGAUCUCUUCCUCCAUUUCAAAUGAAAUAAUUGGUCCAUCCCAUUCAAGCUCUAGCACAAACCUCUCAAAUGGAAAAAUGGUUGGAUCACAGUCCAAUGGAUGCAGCUCUGCAAGCACACAUGAAGCACUUUCCUCUUCAUGUGGCCCUCCAAACUCCAAACGAAAUCAAGAAAGUUUGAGUGAAGAAGUUAGUUCAAGACCUAGACUUGUCUCAAGGUCACACAGCAAUCCUAAAGAGAGGGUCACCGUUUCAGAUAAACAAGGAAAGAGAAGAUUGUCUCUGCCCAGUAGUGGGAAACAAAGAAUUGGAACUCAAGAAACAAGACAUUCUGGUCCGGCUGCUGUCAAGAAGACAACGGUCAAUGCACCAAAGCCUGCUAAGGACAAACCGAAGUUGAGCGCGAAUAAACCAAAAUCUGGGUUCCUAUAGUUGUGAAUGUAGUGGUUAUAUCAUCGUUGAAUGUUCAGCCGACUGUAAAUAUGGAGAUUUGUUUUCUAGUUUUCUGGAUCCAUUGUGAAUGACCCCUUGGUAAGGGAAAGCUAGAAAAGAGAGGGAUUUGGAGAGUAAGAAGAUGUUUUAGAGGCAGUUCCUCAUGUGUGUUGUUUGCCACCCCCACCCCCCACCCCCGGGGGACUGUAUAAACAGUUUGAGUGAUUUCCCAGUUCCAUUUGGUUCUUGGUUUAGAGUUGAGAGAGUUGAUUUGUGGAGCCUUGAGAAGCUCUGCUAUUGUAAUAAAUGCCAUUCUUUAUA